GAUGAUAUUAAACUAAUGAAAUAUCUUGGGGUCGAUGCCUAUAGAAUGUCAAUAGCAUGGUCUAGAAUCUUACCCAAGGGUUCCUUGAAAGGAGGAGUGAACAGGGAAGGGAUCAAGCAUUACAACAAUGUCAUCAAUGAACUCCAUGCCAAUGAUAUUCAACCAUUUGUGACACUUUUCCAUUGGGAUCUGCCACAAGCUCUAGAAGAUGCCUAUGGAGGAUUCUUGAGUCCCCAUAUAGUGGAAGACUACACAAACUAUGUUGACAUUUGCUUUAGAGAAUUUGGAGACAGAGUGAAACAUUGGAUUACAUUAAAUGAACCAUUCUCUUAUGCAUAUGGAGGUUAUGUGGCUGGAUUUUUCGCACCUGGCCGUUGUUCGUACCCUGACGGAAACUGUACCGCAGGAAAUUCUAGUACAGAGCCAUAUGUUGUUGCCCAUAACCUUCUCCUUUCACAUGCAUCAGUAGUGAAGUUGUACAAGGAGAAAUAUCAAGCCUACCAAAAGGGAUUGAUUGGCAUUAGCCUUGUUACCAAUUGGAUGGUUCCUUACUCUCCUUCGAAAUCCAACCACGAUGCUGCGCAAAGAGCCAUUGACUUUAUGUUUGGAUGGUUUUGGGAUCCAAUUGCCUUGGGUGAUUAUCCAUUGAGCAUGAGGGCUUUAGUGGGAGAAAGGUUGCCCAAAUUUACCAAGGAGCAGUCACUGAUGUUGAAGGGAUCAUAUGAUUUCUUGGGGUUGAAUUAUUACACCACCAAUUAUGUGUUCAAUGCUCCCAGUGAGAGUAAUGUACUAAGCUACAGAACUGACUCACAAGUUAACUACACAGGAAUGAAGAAUGGAAAAUUGAUCGGCCCACAGGCGGGUAUCGGUUUUCUCUACAUAUAUCCAAAGGGUCUUAAAGAUCUUCUCGUUUAUAUUAAGAAAAGAUACAACAAUCCCCUCAUUUAUGUCACAGAAAAUGGUGUAUCUGAGUUUAACAACGCGUCGAUUCCUCUUAAGGAGGCCCUUAAUGACCAAAUGAGAGUAGAAUUCUACAGAGGACACACUCAUUACCUUCAUCGGGCGAUUCAGAAAGGAGUGAAUGUAAACGGCUACUUCCCUUGGACAUUGAUGGAUGAUUAUGAAUGGUACCUUGGUUUCUCUGUUCGUUUUGGCCUUGUUUUCGUGGACUACAAGACUUUGAAGAGGUAUCCAAAACUCUCUGCUUAUUGGUACAAGAACUUCCUCAAAGGCAGAAUCCACCAUUAA